AUGACGUGCAUUUCAUACAUCAUCGACCCGGACGGUGAUGUCGAGCUUCUGCUCAAACGGCCAAACAGUCAGCAACUCGUCCCCUGUAUUCCCACCGACGAACAUGACGAGGAUACUGAGGAUCCUAUGAAUGAACCCACAGUCGCUCGUGGUGUCCUAGAUGCAAGAUAUCACGUAUUUGAUGAUCUUCUUUUUCCUUCCGAAGCUGAAGAUCCCAGUACAACAAAGCCUCGCUGGAGAUUCAGUGCCCUCCUGAACCUCAUCGAAACUCCAAGCACUCCCAAGGUUACAACUCCUCCCGAGGAUGAAGUCCGCCUGAGGGUGUCUUCACGCCAUCUCAUUCUAGCCUCUCGUUGCUUUCGCUCCUCGCUCGAUGGGCCCUGGAGCGAGGUAUCAACAACUUCUUCUUCCUUCGGAAAGCCUCUCCGUCAAGUCAUGGCCUGGGAUUGGGAUGCGGUGGCCUUUGCUAUCGUUCUAGAUAUCGUACACGGUCGACAUGGGGCUGUGCCUCGCAUCGUCGAUCUCAAGCUCAUGGCUCAAAUUGCAACCAUAGUCGAUUUCUAUGGAUUCCAUGAGGCCGUGAAGAUCUUUUCCGAAGUUUGGUAUAAGAACAUCUGUAUCGAGCUGAAGGACGAGUACUCUCGUGAGGCUCUCGUGUGGCUCUCUGUUUCUUGGGUCUUCCCCAACCAGGAACCUUUUGAUAGAGCGACUCGGGCUAUCCUCAAGCACAUGGAAGGCCCUCAGCCGAGUACCGAUAAUCUUCCAAUCCACAGGGUUCUACCCAAGAUCGACGACAAACGACAAGAACUUAUCAAAAAAAUCGUGACAGAACUUCACAGGCUUCAUAACACUCUCCCAAACUCAGAUUUUCUCUGUGACUGGCACAAGUACAAUUCCCCGGCGUGCCACUCUAUCGCGCUGAGCAUUUUGAAGCGAGAACUGCAACGUCUCGCAUCAAGUGACCGCCCCCUUGUGCCCCCUUUCAACGGUUACAGUGUCACGAGCAUGAUUCAAUUGGUCAACGACAUACCUGAGUCGAUUGCUGCUACGACCGAGGGGUAUGACCACUAUCACGAUGUGUCAGUGUGCAGUGUCAGGGGCAGAAUGAGGCAUGUUCUUGGAGAAGUCAGGGCUGAGAUGAAUUCCUGGACUCUUGAUCUGGAUAUGGAUGUUGGAGGUGUUUGA